AACACAACGUUCUGAAACGGAGCGAAGAAGCUUCACUCUAUUUCCCCACACUGAGCUAUUCGUUACUCCAACGGAGAACUCCACCUCUCCCUCUCUCUCUCUCUCUCCCGAAAACCUAACCCUAGAGGCCACACCGAUCGCGAUCUCCACUCCCUUAUCCAUGGACAUUCCGAAGAGAUAUCGCGCGUCGCUGCUCCCGAGCUUCCUCUACUCGUCCUCCGCCAUCAUGGCGGCGGAGAUGGGCGCGAUCUUGAGCUGGAACCCUAGAUCGCCCCCGGAGGAUACGGCGCCGGUGGCGUCGGGGGACGGGGGAGCUCCGGCGGGGUCGUUCAUGAUCCAGGCGCCGAAUGAGCCCGGGAAGAUCGAGAUGUACUCGCCGGCGUACUACGCGGCGUGCGCCGUGGGAGGGAUCGUGAGCUGCGGCCUCACGCACAUGGCCGUGACGCCGCUCGAUCUCGUCAAGUGUAACAUGCAGAUUGAUCCAGUUAAGUACAAGAGCAUCUCUUCUGGAUUCGGCGUCUUGCUAAAAGAGCAAGGCAUCAGGGGCUUCUUCAGGGGUUGGGUACCAACCCUGCUUGGUUACAGUGCCCAAGGGGCUUGCAAGUUUGGGUUCUAUGAGUUCUUUAAGAAAUACUACUCAGAUAUCGCUGGACCUGAGUAUGCUGCUAAGUACAAAGCGUUGAUUUACCUCACUGGCUCCGCUUCUGCUGAAGUCAUCGCCGAUCUGGCUCUCUGCCCCAUGGAGGCAGUAAAGGUGCGCGUGCAAACUCAGCCCGGGUUUGCUAGGGGUUUGAGCGAUGGGCUCCCCAAGUUCGUCAAAUCUGAAGGAUAUCUGGGACUAUACAAAGGAUUGGUUCCUCUCUGGGCGCGUCAGAUACCUUAUACCAUGAUGAAAUUUGCAUCUUUUGAGACUGUUGUUGAAAUGAUCUACAAGUAUGUGAUCCCCACACCAAAGGACCAGUGCAGCAAACCCCUUCAGCUGGGUGUGAGCUUUGCUGGUGGUUACGUCGCGGGAGUCUUCUGCGCGAUUGUCUCUCACCCAGCCGACAACCUCGUCUCCUUCCUAAACAACGCCAAGGGCGCCACUGUCAGCGAUGCUGUGAGGAAGCUCGGGUUGUGGGGUCUCUUCACACGCGGGCUUCCUCUUCGAAUCGUCAUGAUUGGUACCCUCACCGGGGCGCAGUGGGGAAUCUAUGAUGCUUUCAAAGUCAUGGUCGGCCUGCCCACAACUGGUGGAGUUGCUCCUGCCGCAGCGCCGGCCACAGAGAAUGCGCAUCUAAAAGCCACAGAGAAUGCGCAUCUAAAAGCCACAGAGAAUGCGCAUCUAAAAGCCACAGCGAAUGGGCAUGUAAAAGCCAAUGCUUGAUUUUCCUAUGACGAUGACGACAAAUUUCUAACAUGUUGUACCUAUCCUAAUCAGGAUUUGUAAUAUUGUGAUUGAAAGAGCAUUUUUCUGUUUCAUAUUUUUUCAGGGAAUGUUUAUAUCUAAUCACUAAGGCCUGAAACCGGAACUCUUCAAAAGGUGUAGCUAUUGUUUUGGCGUUAGAAUGGUUCAAGCUGUUGUUAGAGUAGCAAUGUAAUAAACUGGAGGGUUAGAAGGACAUAGAAUUGCUCGGACACUGUUAUCAUCUUAGGCUUCCGGGCAAAUUCGAUGGUUUUUGUUCAACUUUGCCCAGUUUCUUCCUUUAUAUUUUCGUUACUCUUUUUCUUCAAUUGUCAAAAGGCAAAACAUAGUGGGAAUGCCAUUUUUACA